AUGGCAAAACUAAUCUGCUUAUUCAUUUUCUUUGCCCUACUAAAUAUCAACUCAUCAUUUGCCAGAACAAGCUUUAACGUUUUAAGCUAUGGAGCCAAACCCAACGGCGUAACAGACUCUACUAAGGCUUUUCUUGAUGCAUGGUCUGCAGCCUGUGGUUGUAAUGAUUCAACUAUGAUAUAUGUACCUAAAGGAAGGUAUUUGGUUGGCGCUAUGGCCUUCAAUGGUGACUGCAAAAGCUCUGAUAUAACUAUUCGAAUCGAUGGAACUCUUUUGGCGCCAGGAGAUUAUAAAAUUCUGGGUCAAGCUAGUUACUGGCUUAGUUUCAAAGGAGUUAAUGGCGUUUCUAUUGUCGGUGGAGCACUUGAUGCUAAGGGGUCGGCCUUGUGGGCUUGCAAAGCCAAAGGAAGCAACUGCCCUGUUGGCGCUACGACAUUGAUGUUUACGAACUCGAGCAAUAUAAAGAUCAAUGGUUUGUUAUCAUUAAACAGCCAAAUGUUCCAUAUUGGCUUUAAUGGCUGCCAAAAUGUGAGUGUUGAAGGAGUUAAAGUGAUGGCUUCUGGAGAUAGCCCAAACACAGAUGGCAUUCAUGUUCAGUACUCCACCAAUGUUGUGAUCAUCAACUCUGUAAUUAAGACUGGUGAUGAUUGUGUCUCCAUUGGCCCUGGAGCUAAGAACCUGUACAUCGAACGGAUUAGAUGCGGACCUGGUCAUGGCAUUAGCAUAGGGAGCUUAGGUUGGGGCAUGGAAGAAGAAGGGGUUCAAAAUGUGACUGUUAAAAGUACAACUUUUGCAGACACUCAAAAUGGAUUUAGGAUAAAGUCUUGGGCUAGACCAAGUAAUGGAUUUGUUCAAAGGGUUCGAUUCAUAGGAGCCAUUAUGCAUAAUGUCCAAAAUCCCAUCGUCAUCGAUCAACAUUAUUGUCCUCACAAUAUAAAUUGUCCUACUCAGGUAUCGGGUAUAAAAAUUAGGGACGUAAUAUAUCAAGACAUUCGGGGAACUUCAGCUACACCAGUUGCUAUAAAACUUGACUGCAGCUCCAAAUUUCCGUGUAAUGGGAUAAGACUGCAUAAUGUGAAUUUGACUCAUUCAAAUCAAGUAGCUCAAUCAUUUUGUGCUAAUGUGGUUGGGAAGACAGUUGGCCUAGUUCAACCUAAUGGUUGUUUGUGAUUAGAAAGAAAAUCAAAUCUGUAAAUAUAUAUUUCUUCAUUUAUUGUAUUAACUUUCAUUAAUUUAUAAGGUACAUUGAUUAUUCUUUUUUAUAUCGAUACAUUGGCAAUAUAAAAUGAUAAAUUAUUACUAGAGUUUACAGCAGAUUACUAAUAUCUGCACUUUUAUUGUGUUACCCCUCCAUUUGGUAUUGACUGCUGCUGUUUUUAAGCGUUUCUGCUGCUUGGAAUUAUUGCAGAACAAGCCCUUCAAGUUGAGCCAAUACUUUCAUAUUUGAUGCCCUCACCUUCUAAAAUGAUAAAUCUAAUGUUUCCAACUUAAUUAUGAAGCUACCAUUUAUAAUUACUGAGCUAUUUAUAAAAUAAUAAUAAUAAAAAAAACACAUUUCUAAUACAUAUCAAAGCCAUAUAAUUUCUCCAGAAAAAUUAUAGCUCUAAAUAUUUAUGCUCGAAACGGGUCAAAAGAUAUGUACUUAUCUUCUGUUCCUUGAUUCGUCUAUGAGCUUCACAAAAAGGAAGUAAAACCCAAGUGAUAUGCAGCUGCUGCAAUUUUUAAUCUUUUCAAGAGUACGAAUGCAAUUCAAUAUCGGACAGAAACCCUUGGUUGAAAUUAACUUUACUUUGUAUCGGAGCUUCAUUGUGUGAUUCGCCUUUCAGAAAUCGAAAAUUAGUCUGGUCAUCAUUGUUAAUUUUCAUCAUCCAUCACAGACCUCCUCCCAUGAAAUCUAGCGUUUCUGAUUCAGCAAGUAUGCUUGCUCGAAAACGAAAGAAAUAUUUCUUAGAAACAUUUUGAAUCUUAACUAUAUGAAGUCAGGGCUUCUCUCGCUUCCCUGGCCUUCUCUGCUUGCUUGGAAGAACUAGGCUAAAUAAUGUCGUUUCAGAGGGAUCUAUCUGACGCGC